GCACGAGGAUAUCCGUCUCCCAUGCUACGGUGUGCGGUGUGCGCUGCCUCGAGAACCUCGCCAUAGGCCGCCGCGGGUCUAGCGGUCCAUGCCGCGGCGGCUGCGUGCCUAAUAACCUGCCCCCGUUCUCUAGCCCCAGACUUGCCCAUUCAGAAUGAGUUCCCGGCGCCCGACAGUCCAGAGUCGUCUUUCCCGCUCUCUUCCCGUCGGAUCGACCCGAGCGCGCGGAAACUCUGAGGGGAUGGCAUCUCUAUGAACCUGCCUGCGAGUCAUCUGCAUCUGCGGGUUGCUAAUCUUGCUUCGAGAUGCGGCUUAGACCCGUGGGGGCCUCAUUUUGCUCCUGAGCUGUGGGCGUCGCACGUCUCUACUCGGGCUAGCUCGACCCCGUUGCUCGGCUUUGAGUUGCAGUUCGACAUGUCCGUCUCUUCUGUUACUUACUCAGGAGGUGGCUCCGGCGUGGUCGAUUGCAGUUUGCACCCGUGGGGUUGCGCCCCCACCUGUCAAAUGGCUGCGAGCCGCAGUGAUGAACACGUGAGUACUUACGCUUCCACCUCCCAUGCAGGCAAGGCAGGCGCACUUGGCGCCACGCAUUGCGUGCAGGCAUCCGUGGCGCCAACGCCAAAUAGACUAUUGGGAAUACCGGGUCCCGCAAGACACUCGAGUCCAGACGCGCAUCCGAGUCUAAGCCUGUGUGACACGAAGCGUCCGGUCCGCAGUGUCCCCCCGCACCCCCACAGAGACGCCCCGCCCCGGGUGCUCAAGCCCUUCUCGAAGGCUGCGUUACGUCUUCGGUGCGAUUUGAAGGCACGUCCGAGUCUACUUCACGAGAUGCAUGCUUACAAGAUCCGAGCCGAACGCGUGUCUACGCGCUAGGCGUCCGCCAUGUCGUGUUCUGACUGUCAGGUGAAGGGUAUCCGCUUGCGAAUCGCAGUAUGCGCACACCGGACAAUGAAGCCGGCCAAGAGGCCUCCGACGACCAGCGCACGUGUCUGCUUAACCAGAGAAAAGCAGAGGGGAUAGAAUCGACGAGGCGUAUGCUACAUACAUGC